AUGUCUCGCCCUCUCGUGUCCGGGCAGGAGGGUGGAGUUAACCCCCUUUUCCUGACCGACACUCCUCCUCCUGCCCCCGGUAAUCGAGCUUCCGUUGACAAAUUCCUGGUGAAGGCGUGUCGCGGGGACGAGCUGCGUGACCUCCUCCUCCUCCCUCAGGUUUGUGGCACAGACAGAAGAGCGGGACUGGAGCUUAUGGAGCUGAUCUAA